UGGUUAGGGAGAUAUACUCUGUGAAGACAUGAACUUAUACAUGUUCAAAAGUUUCAUAAUUAUAUGUAAUGAAUCUCUAGCCUCGAAAGCCAGUCAUUACAAUAUCCUUUUUAGCGAGGCGGUAGGCAGAAACCAGGCAACAAUCCAGCAACAACCCGAUCCAACCCCUAAAAAUCCCAUGCAAGAGAGCUUUAAAAACCGCCGUUUGGCACUUGCUUGCAGUACAGAGACAUACAUGCAAAGAGAUUGCGAAGGAAAAAAAAAAAAUGCCGCCAGUCAGGCGAUCACGGCGAACUUUGCCAUCUAACUCUGGGAUAACCUCCAAAAACUCUUCCCUGACUACCCGCACAAGGGCCCUUCGCAGCAGUGCCCGCCUGGAUCCGCAGCCCUCGAUUUCAAACCCAGAGAAACCGGCUUCUACGCAAAGAAAAAAGAAGUCUCUGCCGUCAUAUUUUCAGCGACCACAGCGUGAAAUCGCUCAGGAUCCUAAUCGAUGCCUGCGUCUUUUCAGCCUGCCGCGUGAGAUCUUUGAUGAGAUCGUCAGCCAUCUGCCCCCUGAUGCUGAGGCGUGUUUCACGUUGACCUGCAAAGAAGCUCUCAAUUCCAUUGGAACUGGAUCUUGGGCCCAUUUCCGGGGGAGAGCGCGCAGAUAUGGCUCUCAUGGCUCGCUAGGCGAAUUGCUCCAGCGGGACCUACCGGGCUAUGAAUACUGUCCUCGAUGCGAGACACUCCACCCACCGAUUAAGCCGCCAUAUGCCCACCGCGUGACCAGAUUAACGAAGUUAUGUCUUGGACAGGAUGGAGUAUUGGAUAUCUGGCCGCAAUCUCAAUCCGGAGGCUAUAGUAUUGUGUUUGCACAUAUUCGAGAAGCCUUUGCAUCACAGCCUGCUUCAACGGCGACCAGUCCGCCAAUAGACAUAUUUAGUGGCGAGUUUACACACCACACCGGCUCGAUCAACUAUAUGCUCCGUUCCCAAGCACACUGGAUUGACAAAAACCUGGUUAUUAUCCAAGAACAUCGUUUACGCAGUGCAAAGCCGCAAGCUCUAGCGGCCGGAGAUGUGAUAUCGCUUCCCUUUCGGGUUUGCGCGCAUCUCUCGACGACCACAGAUCCUCCGCCAAACCCCCAUCGAGCACGGAAACCUAGCGUGGCAGCAAACGGACCACUCCUUCCUCAUGCGAUCACCACAGCGUUUCCGGCAGCACUGCGAAAAGGCAUUCCGCGUGGAGGGAUAUUUCGAACCGCCUCACCGGCAGAGCAGGCCCAGAUGAAAGCCGCGGACGCGGGUGAAGAUGUUACGUGGCGCUGUCGGAGCUGUCCAACCAAAUUUCGCAUCACAUACCAGCAAUCCAAUGGGGGGGAAUGUAUCGUGAAAGCAUGGCAUUGUUUCGGACGGGCGUUGUAUAAAGCGGUGGAUUUCUGGAAAUUCUCCGUCAGACGUGAGGGGCCAACUUUAGGACACACAAAACGUAACAGUGAGUAUUUAAGCCCCGUUCGGAGUCUACCGGACUUCAAAAUCACAUAGCCUAUUAUAUCAUAGACUAUAUAUCAUAGUCUUUAUAUGAACUAGAAAUACGGAGGAUGGCAAGCUGCCAGCGACAUUUCGUUCCUCGGCAGAUUGCUCGUGCUCUUCCGGUAGUUCUUCAAGCAUCUUGCGUGAAAUAUGUCCUUCCAUCCAGCCAAAUCCUAUCUCGGUAUUCCUCAAACAACCCCGCAUCGACGACGUGCAUUAGUGCUAUUACCCUGCAGAGUCAUAUUCCGGUGCAACAAUCAGCGAAUCUCUCGGG